AUGGGGGGAAACUGGAUCAGAAAAGAAACAAAUUGUUUUGGUGGGAUGGUCAUGGCUCUGGCAGCUGUGUUAUUCUCUUGUCUUGUGAUUGGAGUCACUGGUCAAGAUGGACAGGCAAUGACUGCAGAGGAGAAGUCCGAAAUCAGGGACCAAAUUCUAGAGAUGUUUGAUCAUGCCUAUAACAGUUACAUGGACUAUGCCUACCCAGCAGAUGAGUUGAUGCCCCUCAGCUGUAGAGGAAGGGUAAGAGGGCUGGAACCCAAUCGAGGAGACAUUGAUGACUCUCUGGGAAAGUUCUCUUUAACAUUAAUAGACACUUUAGAUACUCUUGUGUUGUUAAACAAACUGGAUGAAUUUGAGGAGGCUGUGAAGAAGACCGUGCGAGAUGUCAGAUUUGAUAAUGACAUCGUCGUCUCUGUCUUUGAGACCAAUAUCCGUGUGCUGGGUGGCUUGUUGGGUGCCCAUGUCAUGGCAGAUGUUCUAAAGCAGCGUGGAGAGAAAAUGCAGUGGUACAGAGAUGAACUGCUACACAUGGCCAAAGAACUGGGCUUCCGCCUCCUGCCUGCCUUUAACACCUCCAGUGGCCUUCCUUAUCCUCGAGUAAAUUUGCGCUAUGGGGUCAUCAGCCCCCUUUCUCGGACCGGAACGGAGUCGGACACUUGCACUGCUUGUGCAGGCACCAUGAUUCUGGAGUUUGCAGCUCUCAGCCGACUGUCCGGGGACCCAAUCUUUGAGGAGCACGCUAGGAAAGCUUUGGAUGUCCUCUGGGAGAAAAGGCAAAGAGGAAGUGACCUUGUCGGCACUGUGAUCAACAUCCACAAUGGAGACUGGGUUCGCAGAGAUAGUGGUGUUGGCGCUGGAAUCGACUCUUAUUAUGAAUACUUGAUGAAAGCUUAUAUUCUUCUUGGGGACAAGGUGUACCUUAACAGAUUCAACACACACUACAGUGCCAUUAUGAAGUACAUCAGCCAGCCUCCUCUGCUGCUCAACGUGCACAUGCACAACCCCACUGUAAAUGUGCGAAGCUGGAUGGAUUCCUUGCUUGCCUUCUUCCCUGGGCUACAGGUUCUGAGAGGAGACUUGAAACCUGCCAUAGAGACUCAUGAGAUGCUGUAUCAAGUGACUAAACAGCACAAUUUCCUCCCCGAGGCCUUCACCACCGAGUUCAGAGUUCACUGGGGCCAGCACCCAUUGAGACCGGAGUUUGCUGAAAGCACAUAUUUCCUUUACAAAGCCACAGGUGAUCCUUACUAUUUGAAAGUAGGCCAGUCUAUAGUGGAGAAGCUAAACACUCACGCUCGGGUCCCUUGUGGCUUCGCCGCCGUACAGGAUGUGAGGACAGGAACGCAUGAGGACAGGAUGGAUUCCUUCUUCCUGGCUGAGAUGUUUAAGUACCUCUACCUGCUCUUCUCAGAGAAGAGCCAGUUGCCUAUAAACAUUGAUGAUUAUAUUUUCACUACUGAGGCUCAUUUGCUCCCAGUAUCUCUGUCUACAACCCAACCCCCCUGCCAUACCAACAACACAGAACCUCAAGCUCAUGAAGACGAUUUAUUUUCAUACUCGUGUCCCAGUGCUCAAACCCUGUUCCCUAACAACCCCACCUUUGCCAAGACAAUCAGGGACAGUUAUAAAUACCUCACCGGUGUGGGAAGAGCCCAGCAGGCCUCAUCUGUCAGGGGGAUUGAACUGCCUCUUCAUGACACGGGCCUGGAGCCAAUCGAGUUUCUGAAAAGCAUGGGCAUCUCUCUGACACCCCUUACUGAGUUGGUCUCUGCCAGCCAAGGCUCAGCAUUUCAGGACUCUCAGAAGGGUGUGUACAAGUUAAAGCUGGUUGCUGAGGUGAGCCAAACACCGGAGCAUGAGGAAGUGGUGCCACUAAUUGUGCAGCUCAUUUCCCCUCCGUUUUUGGGUCAAACAGUCCUUACGGCGGGGCCAGCAAAGUUUGGAACGGAUCUUACCAAACAAGAGCAUGGGGUGAAAGGCAGCAUUGUGAAGAGUGUUCCCUAUACGGCGUGUGGGCCGAUUGAAAACGCAGUAGAGCUGCAGGGACACAUAGCACUGGCACUGAGGGGAGACUGCAUGUUUGCUGCCAAAGCUCGGCGCCUGCAGGAAGCUGGAGCAACCGGAGUCAUCUUCAUUGAUCACAGAGAUGGCAGCAGCAGUUCUGAGACUCCACUCUUCCAGAUGGUUGGAGAUGGAGAGCCUACCGAUGACAUCACAGUUCCCCUGGUGUUCCUCUUCAGCAAAGAGGGAGCUGUACUCACUGCCGCUCUGCAAGAACAUCACAAUGUGGAUGUCCUCUUGCUACCCAAAGAAAGACAACUAGGAAAAGAAAAACCUGAGAAGCUAAAUAUUAAGUUCCGUUUAGCUAAGGAAGGAGAGUUCGCCGAGGGUGAGACUGAAAGCACUACCAUCCAGCUAGUGCUGGACCAGAGCGAGACUGACACAGAGACAAACAAUGAGGCCGCAUCGUUGAACAGGGAAAACCAGGAGACCUGCAGCUCUCCGCUGAAAGACCCUGAGAGCAGCCCCUGACACUGGGAUCAGCCGUGACCACGGUCCCCUUCACAGAACGCAGGGCUGUUGCUCCCUGUCACCGAUCUCGGAUCAGAAAAUGCAGGCUGUGCUAUGGAAAAUGUACCAUCUGAGCUCCUCACAGGGGGAUCACAAGUCCUCCCCUGGUUAAGAUUGGUCUUAUCUUGCAUAGUUGGGGACUAUAUUGAUCUGCACAGAGUGAGAUGGUACAACACAUGAAGCUGCUGUCUCUCUGAUAUCGUGGUAGUUGCAAUAGAUUCUUCUCAGUUGUCUACAAUUGAAAAGCAUCGGUUUUGGGUAAUAAAGAGGUGUAAAAGAUUCUCUCACGCCACUUUAUGUGGAUCAGGUUUAUUUUAAUGUUUUUCAUUCACUGCAGAUCACUGGUUCUCAGUUUUGUG